AAUGUGAUAAAACAAAAUUGUCUAAACCUACGACAGAUAUUAAUGGUGAAAAAAAUCGUAUUGAUGAUAAAGAGGGAGUAUUAAAUGAUCCUGUUUUAGUCGAUGAGAAGCAGGAUAAGAAAAUUUCUAACGAAAAAAACGAUAUGACGCGUCACGCUUUGAAUAGUGGUGAUGCUGUUAGUAAUGAAAAUCAUAAAAUGACUGAAAGAAUGGAGGACACGGAUUCCAUGUCAAAGCUUCAGGCAAAAUUACUUAAUAUGGCGUCAGGAGGAAGAACUAAGUCUAGAAGUAGAUCUAUAUCCAAGGAUAGUUCUAGCAAGUCCAGCAGUCAAUCAAAAUCUCGCUCAAGAUCACCAGUUGUUUCUAAACCUAGGAGAUCAACCUCUAAAUCUGACUCUUCGAGUAUAGCUUCUAAAGGAAAUCUGAGAAAAGCUCAGUCAAGUUCUUCCAGCAGCAGUGAAAGUGAAGAUUUUGAUAUAAAAAAGAAAAAUGACAGCAUUCAAAAAAAGAGGCAUUACAGAUGCAAUAAAAUAGUUCUUCCAGUGAAAGUGAUGUUGCCGACAAAAACGGCGUAGAUCUAGAAAUAGAGAUUGGUAUAACAGCCGCCGUGAUUCACGGGAUAGAAGUCCACGACGCACAGCAGCACGGGGGACGUACGAUACAACUCGACGAGGAGACUAUCGGUCACGUUUUAGUACGCGAGACAGAGAUUAUGUAAGAGGACGUGAGGCGCGAUUUGAGAGAUCUCGUCUUUCAUCCCGUGAAAAAGAACGCGACCGAGA